AUGGCAUCACCGCUUGGACCGUUCCUUGCAAAUGUUUUUAUGGGCAAAGUCGAGAAAACAAGCUUGCAAGAGACCAUUAAUGACCUCGUCUUCUACCGUCGGUACGUGGACGAUAUCUUCUGCCUGACGGAUGGUACCACCGAUACCGAGGAGCUUGUCCAAAAGUUCACCAGUGCGCACCCCUCGCUAAAGUUCACUGCAGAGACCGAGACAGAUAACGAACUUGCCUUUCUCGAUGUCCUUCUGCACAGGCAAGAGGAUGGGUCUAUCCAGCGCAGGGUGUUCCGAAAGAAAACCUGGACGGGACAAUGCGUUAAUUUUCACAGUUUUGUUCCCCUAAACAUCAAACGGAAUUUAGUCCAGGGAUUGGCGGCUAGAGUGAGACGCAUCUGCUCACCUGAAGCUAUUGAAGAUGAGCUUCAACAGCUGCGGAACACACUUCGGGAGAACGGUACCCAGAUAGAUUUAUCCUCCGAAAUAUUGGGGAACGCGUUGAAAAGCCCACUGUUGCGACUGCGGAAAAGAAAGAUGUAUUCAUAAGAUUGCCUUUAGAGGAGACGCAGAGAGCGAACUAGUCCGAGGGCGCUUAACUACAGCUAUCACGAGGGCAUUCCCCGCGGCGAAUUUACGCGUAUGCUUCACAAACUUUCCCCUCCUACGUUUGGGAGGUAAAGACAGACUACCGUUGGAGGCCACAUCAAUGUGCAUUUAUUCAUUCACUUGCUCCUGUGAAGCAGGAUAUAUCGGCCGCACAACGAGACGCCUGGUAAAGAGGGUGCGUGAACAUAUGCCCGACCGGCUAGACAGAGAUGAGACCCGGUCGAUUUCGAGUUCUAUUCUCGCGCAUUUAAUCGAUACGAACCACCGAGUCGAUGCCAAAAAAGCAUUUCAGGUUGUCUACCGGACACCAACAUGCUUCUCUAAAGGCCUACGUCAACGGAUACUAGCAACGGCAGAGGCAGUAGCUAUACGGUUAGUGAAUCCGGUGUUAUGCUGUCAGAAAACUCUGACACGAGCGCUUUCGCUGCCGUGGCCAACGCCAACCCGAAGUGAUGAAGCCAUGCCGCCUCAAAUCCCUAAUCACGAUGAUGGGUACUCCGUGUACUCAUCCCAAGAUCAUUACUCAAAGACUCUCUUACCCCCCUCCCCUAGCUCUGACGACUAACACCCGCCGACCUUCUCAUGCGGGCGGCGUGGGGAUGAUGAGUGUUAGUGACUUAAUAGCCCUUGAGGCAUCUAUAAACACUGUUGAUUUUGUACAUUUUCAUUCGUUCAUGUAAUUGUAUUGGCCUGAGGAAGAAUUACCGAAAACGUGCGUUCACCAGCUUGACUUUUCAUUUGUAACAUGGGAAUAUUUGCGGAACUUAGACAAUUUAAAAGGAAAUGAUUGAAGGUAUGCAAACGCCCAAAAACCAUUCAGAAAUCAUGCAGACAAAAAGUCAGGUCAGGGUAACUAAGUAAGGUCAAAUAAACCCACCGAUGAUCGUUAGUUUAGAACAAUCUAGUUCGACGCUCAAGUGGUAUUGUAAACACUUAUUCUCAUCAGUCAGACCGCGCACUGCAAGCAAGGAUAGAAACUUUGGAGUUUAAGGUGUUGCCUGUACUCGAAUAUUCGGAACUGGUAUCUGGAAAAUGAAGGCUUUUUGGGCAGUCGUCAUGACGUAGGAAUUUUAAACGUUGCUCAUGUUCUGAUACAUAAUGGGAGAUCGCAUCAUUAAUGAGCUUUCGCAGUUAGAGUAAUUGUUGAAUCUUUACAUGUGUUACUAGCCCGGAAAGGUUAUUGCCCACUCCUUGGAUAUUUUCACUGGUUCGUUGAAUGUUUUGCUCAUUUCCUCGUUCCAAAAUAAAUCACAGGUAGCUAAAUAAUUUCAACUCACGAAGGGAAGAUAAUAUGCGCAUCCCUAGUUCUUGUUUAAAAGAAGACGAAGGCACGAUCACAUGAACGGUGGCUUUAUUUGUCUGAAGUUUCGAACUCGCGCAGGCGUUCAUCAUCAGAGACUGUUAGAGUGCAUCAACGCGUGAACAUUUAUAUCGUUGUAACGUGAGACGGAAUACGUCCGUGGCUAGGUCUGGUCCGUGUUGCCCGGCCCACAAUGGUCCUCUGGCGUGGUGACGGCGUUUAUCCCGCGCGGUGGUGCGAGAUGCGCCACCUGGCUGCGUGGGCGGAGUGCGUAAUAACACGCAGGCUAAUUAAUGUGUCUAUUGAUAGAGUUGGUAUCCGACACCCACGCCACCAACAGCUCUCGCCCCCUCUUGUCGCCGGUCCCCACCAUUACCCGUGUGCUGGCGAGGUCGAACUCAUGGAUUUACUCCAGCGCGUGAGUGGCGACUUGCGAUGGUGGGUCGCCUCUCCGAAUGGUCCGUUUCUGCUCCAGUAUUUUUGAGCUGAGAUGUUGUCCUGUUUGGACUGUGGAAUAGCGAGGACAGUUAUGGUACGGGAUUUGAUAGACUACGCCUGACUGUUCACCCGCGUCCAGCCGAUUAUUCAUCUUCCUGGUUCUCGUAAACAUUGUAGCCGCUGGAUAAUGGGUGAUGUCCACGCCUAACUCUACCGCAAUGCUUUUGGUGGCCUCGGACACGUUCUUCACACGUUGCUGUACUCCGACAGUCUCUGAUGAUGAGCUCCUGUUCGAGUUCCAAAGCUAAGACCAAUAAAGUUACCGUUCCAGUGAUCGUGCCUUCGUCUUCUUUUAAACUUUAGUUAAGCUCGUGUAACUUAAUGAAAAUUUAUGUUGGCACAACUGAACUCCGUUGCCAACGCGACAAUAUAUACAGACGCACAAUAGUUGGUGCACAGAGAAUUAGCCAGUUUAGACAGAGGUAGGGUGCGGAGAAAGUUGUAUGAAGUCAAUUCUCUUCUCGAGGCAAAGUACGUUUCAGUAACAGUGUGCAGUAAGCUAGAGAAAAUAAGAAGAGUUCGUUGAAACAUUUACUGAAAUAUGCACAAUACUAUUGGAACAGCAACAGAUUGUUAGCUUAGGGCCUCAAGAUGACGUCCGUCAGAUCGCAUUAUGAUAGUAAAUGCCAUACCGAUCUAGCGCACUCCUAAAUACUUCUACAGAUAUUAAAAUAACGACAUCCACAGGAAGGAAAUACGAGGUUUCGACCACUCUUUCGGAGGAAGAGAACUUUCCUGCGUUCAGUCUGACCUCCCAUGCCUGUAGUUUAAAAUGAUGACCUCGCAGGUUUGUUGGAGCUGUUAACCAUAAGUUCUAAAAUACCAGACGGCUUUCUUGACUGUGCGUGAUGCGAAUGUUUGUGUCAGGUCACCUCGUAAUUGUCUGUAGCUUAAAGAAUUGGAAUCAAGACAGGAUAAAAAUUUCCGUGGAGAAGUAAGCGCUGUCCGGUCACAAGUUAGCAUUUAUGUCCUUGAACUUUUCUGAGGAUGCUAGGGCACUUAGUGGUCUAUGGUCUCCAGCCUUGAACAAAUAACUCCAACUGCAAAGUUUAAAAGACAUGGUGACAUCAGAACCCAAUUAAUUGAUGCAGUCGUUGGCGUAUCAGACGAACUGAUUAGGACGAAAAUGCAAUCUUGGAAACACCAGUUUAAGCACCACCCCCGCCGACUUCUGGUCACCGACACGGACAAUUUGCGAGGAGUCGCUUUAGAAGCCAUGAAUUCACCUGACGAAGUUGCCCCUAAGACCAGUUCGGCUGAGUUUUUACGCUAAUCGAAGGUGUGGUGUACUACCGGAUAUCUUUUCAACGAAGGUAUAAACUUCACAAUUUCUGUUUUACAAACGGUAGAGUAAAUUUUUCCGCGCAAAGCCUGCCUAUAGAAUAUCCCUGCUGGGUAUACCAUAAUAACUUAUGCUGAUAUAAACAACACACUGUCGAUCGCUUAGUUAUUAUCCCUGUUAUUCUGCAGCGGAUCGAAAUGAGGCUAGUUGGUCUAUAAUGAUUUGCAAAGACCUUUUUGCCGCCUUAAUGAGGCGACCUAAUCUAUUCAGAGUUCUAAACGGCGAGUGAACGGCCGACUUCAAAAAAGUCUGCGAAAAGCAUGCGGAACAAAUGGGCUAGUUAGUCUGUGAGCUCCCUCUACAAUUUGUGUAAUAUAUCAUCUAGACCUGGCGAUAAUGAUCCAUUCAGCAUCAACAAUCAUUUAUAAACAGUGGUUUUGGCAAAAGAUACAGUCUCGAUCGUUGGACAUUCCACCCACUCAUGUGAGGGAGGAAUCAAUUCGCUGUCCCCCUUAAGAAUAGACUUAAAAAUAUUUUGAAACUUACUUCCUCUUUGUGCUGCCUUUCAUAAUUUCUUCGUGUUUCCUAGCCUUCAUCAGGCAGUUUGAUCUCUCAUACGCGGGCUCCUUCUUUCGCAAUGGAAUAAAACUCCAUCUCCGCACUGGCACGGUUCAGGAGGUCAUUUACGAACUCCUGCAAGUUCUGAAGACAAGUCGCUUAACUAGGUUCUUCGGCGAUUUAUAUGCAUAAAUCUGCGUACGGUGCCUCCCAGCCUCCCUUUUAUUAAUUUCUCCUUUAGCGAUUGCGUCAGCCACUGGGGUCUGUUAUCCAGCCUCGUCCAUGAAACGGGCGGUAGUUUUUGAGGAGAACGUGAGAUAACUUCUCAAACCUCUGCCAGCCACCCAGUGUGUUUCCGGAAACCGUCGAUUAUUAGUAAAUUCGACCAUCAUGCAGAUCGCCGCGACAACUAUUUUCUCAGACACUGGUGGGCUGGUCGAAAUUUCCACAAGCAGCAAAACGUUGUAUCUCCGACCUAGGGGAAGCAGACACCUCACUGCGUCAAUGCUGUCCAUCGAUAUCAUGAGUACUAAAUGUGGACAGUUUAAGUGUGGCCCCUCACGUACCCGUGUUGGAAAAGCGACGUGGUAAAUAACGAAUAACCUGAGCGUCAUGUCCAAUAAACUUCGGUCAAGAACCAGUCCUGGAACUCGUGGAAAAACGAAACUCCAGUCAAUGAGUGGUGCAUUAAAGUCACCCACGGUCAAGACGUCAGGCCGAAUAGAAAAUCGUUCUAGCUCUCUUAUCAGAUGAAAAUCAGUCUCGGAUUUGUUGACUGCUGAACGAUAGGCCGUCAGACCUUUGAGGAUUUUUGAUCCCGACACCUUUAUAAUCAGCCAGAUAGCUUUUAUUUUGCACUCGGGCUUGUCUGUUUUUUUUUUCUCGCACAAGCAGUUCGCGUUUUGUGAACGUGAUUACUUCGCCUUCUUGGCGGACUCUCCCAUCUCUUCGUAGCAAGUGAAAUCCACGUAGUACCGAUUCGUAUGAAUCCACGUUGUCAAAAGACCGGUUUUUGUGAAGGAGGCGGUGUCUGAGGGGGCGAGGUCACAGAUGCGGGCUUCCAAAUAAUUGUCUUUAGAUAGCAUACCCUGUAGGUUGGUAUACACAAAGGUGAGUUUUUUUUUAUAUUUUUGAGGAUUUGUUACGGGGCGGUUUGGUUUUCCAUUUUACGAAACAGCUGUGCCCUUAGUUCGAUUAUUUCCAUUCCUAGAAAUAUUGGAGACGUUGCUCUACCUAAUCGUUAAAAGGCGGUAUAUUUUUUCCUCUUUUGCCACCAUGUUGUGAGUUCCUGGACCAAUUUUUAGGGUUUUAUUCACACUGCCGUUAUGUGAUCUGGUUUAAAACUGCCCACUGUUGGUAUUUUUAAGCUAAAGCGCCGUAAAUGAAUAAUUCUAACUUGUUCCUGAAUAGUCAACGUUACUUUGAGGUUUUGGAGGCAUGGAUACUCCCGUAUGUUGACUGAGGGCUUCCUAAGUCGAAAUUAUUUAAACACCGUGACUUCAUUCAUGGGUUGUAGAAGUUCGUUAAGGAGACCUUCGAAGACCGCCAUCAGCAAACUGCUUGCCGAGAAGAACCGCCUGAACGAAGCCUACGUCGAACGCCCCACCGAUGACAGCAAGUCAGCCUUCUACCGUGGUCGCCGGUUUGUGCAACAGCGACUGCGCGAGAUGCUGGACGGCUGUAUGGCUCGCGAAGCCGAGGAGAUUCAAGGGUACGCGGACCGCAACGCAUGGAAGAACUUCUUCUCCGCAAUCAAAGCUGUCAACCAUCCGCCAACCAAAUGAACUGCACUUCUCCUCUGCUCCGAUUGAAACACCCUACUCACUGAGAAGACACAAAUCCUACAGUGUUGGGGCGAGCGCUUCCGAGGCCUCCUCAACCGCCCCUCCAACAUUUCCGAAGUCGCCAUUGCCCGUGUGCCUCAAAUGGAGACCGCCGCCGAGCUCGAUCUCCCGCCCUCUAUCUAGGAAACCAUCAUGGCCGUACAGCAGCUCUCCAGCGGGAAAGCGCUCGAAUCGGAUACGACCCCUGCUUAGAUCUACAAGCACGGUGGCCCCAAACUCAUGGACCACCUGACGGUGCUCUUCCAGCAGAUGUGACGUCAAGGAGAAGUCCCGCAGGAUUUUAAGGACACCACAAUUGUAUACUUCUACAAGCGGAAAGGAAACCGCCAAAUCUGCGACAACUACCGAGGCAUGUCCCUGCUGGACACCGCCAGAAAAAUCCUUCUUUCGCAUCCUUCUCAGCCGUCUGAGCAACCAUCUGGAGGAAGGUCUUCUGCCGGAAAGCCAGUGUGGCUUCCACCGUAAUCGUGUGACCACGGACAUGAUCUUCGCCGCCCGUCAACUGCAGGAGAAGUGUCGGACGAUGCAGACCCACCUGUACUCCAUCUACGUAGAUCCGACGACAGCCUUCGACACGGUGAAUCAUGAAGGCUUGUGUAAAAUCAUGUAG